GCCCCGGAAGCAGGCCCCCGGUGCCCCCCGCGUGCGGCCCUCACGGCGCCCACGUCGCGGCGCCCCACCUCCCGGAGCCCGCCCUUUCGGUCCCCGCCUUUCUCCCCGCAGCGUCCGCAGCCCCUGCUGCGGCCAAGCAGGCUGCCGAGGCCCAGAGGCCGCGGGCGCCCAGAGCGCGGGCGGCCGAGGCACCACGUGUCCCGCCCGGGCUGGCGCGGGCGGAGCGGGCCGGGCCGGGCUCCCGGAGCCUGAGCGCGCACCGGCGGCGCCGCCGGGUCCUGUGCGCGCCCGACCCCGGCCCAGCCGGGCCCCGGCCUCCCGGGCGCGCGUGGAUGCCUCCUCCUGGACGGCGCGAUGGGGCCCUUCUGGGAGAGAAAGGGUGCCUCCUCCUGGACGGCGGCGGCGGCGGCGGCGCGGAGACCCGGCGGGCAGCGGAGCGAUGGGACCCCUUCGAGAGACCAAGAAGGAGCAGAGAGUGCAGCAUCAUGAGAAGGAGAUUUCCAGAAGCCGAAUUCCCCGUUUGAUUCUUCGGCCCCAUCUGCCCCAGCAACAGCACAAAGUGUCCCCAGCCUCUGAGUCUCCCUUCUCUGAGGAAGAGAGCAGAGAGUUCAACCCCAGCAGCUCUGGGCGCUCAGCGAGGACCAUUAGCAGCAACAGCUUCUGCUCAGAUGACACAGGCUGUCCCAGUAGCCAGUCAGUGUCUCCUGUGAAGACACCCUCGGAUACCGGAAACAGCCCUGUUGGCUUUUGCCCUGGAAGUGAUGAAGACUUUUCCAGAAAGAAAUGCACAGUUGGAAUGGUUAGUGAAGGAAGCAUCCAGUCAUCUCGAUAUAAGAAGGAACCAAAGUCAGGCCUUGUAAAGCCAGGUAGCGAAGCUGAUUUUAGCUCCUCGAGCAGCACGGGCAGCAUUUCCGCUCCUGAGGUCCAUAUGUCUGCUGCGGGAAGCAAGCGGUCCUCCUUUUCACGCAACCGAGGUCCCCAUGGGCGGAGUAAUGGAGCUUCAUCGUACAAGUCUGGCAACAGCCCCCCCUCCCCACGGGAGAAGGACUUCCUGUCCAUGCUGUGCAGGAAUCAGCUGAGUCCCGUUAACAUCCAUCCCAGCUAUGCGCCUUCUUCCCCAAGUAGUAGCAACUCCGGCUCCUACAAAGGAAGUGACUGCAGCCCAGUCAUGAGGCGGUCUGGAAGGUACAUGUCCUGUGGUGAAAAUCAUGGUGUCAAACCCCCAAACCCAGAGCAAUAUUUGACUCCUCUGCAGCAAAAAGAGGUUACAGUGAGACACCUGAAGACCAAGCUGAAGGAAUCGGAGCGCCGGCUUCAUGAAAGGGAAAGCGAGAUUGUGGAGCUCAAGUCCCAGCUGGCCCGGAUGAGGGAAGACUGGAUUGAAGAAGAGUGCCACCGCGUGGAGGCCCAGCUGGCCCUGAAGGAAGCCAGGAAGGAGAUCAAACAGCUCAAACAGGUCAUCGAAACUAUGAGGAGCAGCUUGGCUGAUAAAGAUAAAGGCAUUCAGAAAUAUUUUGUGGACAUAAAUAUUCAAAACAAGAAGUUGGAGUCUCUACUGCAGAGCAUGGAGAUGGCGCACAGUGGCUCCCUGAGGGAUGAACUGUGCCUGGACUUCCCAUGCGAUUCCCCAGAGAACAGCUUCCCCCUCGGCCCCCCUUUCGGCAAGAUGGCAGACGGGCUGUCUCCGGAGGAGCAGGGCACCGAGGAAGGGGCCGACGGCGAGCCGCUGGUGGGAGACGGUCUGGCCGACCGCACAGAUUUGCUGGAUGGCAUGGUGACCGCCGCCACCGCAGAGGCCGGCGACCUGGAGCUCCUUCACCCCGCCCCUGCGGCAGCGGCCCUCGACGGCCUCCCCCUGGCGGCGGGGGAGGAAGAGGGCAGUGCGGUGGUGGAGCGAGCGGUGCAGACCGACGUGGUGCCCUACAGCCCCGCCAUCUCGGAGCUCAUCCAGCACGUGCUCCAGCUCCGGGACCCGUGGCCCUCGAGCUCAGCAUCGCCUGACGAGUCCAGGGCUGACUCGACAGAAAGCUUCCCCGAGUCCGUCUCUGCGUUCAUGGUGGAUUUAACGCCAAGAAACCCCAACUCGGCCAUCCUUUUGUCUCCCGUGGAGACCCCCUCCGCCACGGUGGAUCCGGAAGCUCCCGCAACCCGCCUCAUGAGCGAGCUGGAUUUUGCAGGCCCCACGGAAGAGAGGUUGGACGGCAUCAUCCCGCUGUCGCGCGGGGCCAUCGGGACGCAGUACUGGAGCAGCAGCUUCCUGGUGGAUCUCCUGGCUGUGGCUGCCCCCGUGGUCCCCACUGUUCUGUGGGCAUUCAGUACUCAGAGAGGGGGGACAGAUCCCGUCUACAACAUCGGGGCCUUGCUCCGGGGCUGCUGUGUGGUCGCCCUGCAUUCGCUCCGCCGCUCCGCCUUUCACAUCAAAACCUAAAAUAGAAGUCGUCGUUUCCGUGUGCCAAUCUGUCCCGUGCGUCGUGCCAGGUGGAGAAACAGCAGGUCGACUUGAGGCGGCCUCUAGUCUGUCGUUUUUGCUCCUCGGUAUUUGAUUUGCACUAUAUUUAGUUGAAGCCUGUUCACUGUUUAAAACCGGAGGUAUCUUCAAAGGCAUGGAGACCUGGUUCAAGUAAAUGCCCCACCAGUGGUAGAGAAAGCAUGCUCAUGACCCUGCCGUGUCGUCUGAGGUACCCGUUCUUAUCCUAGUGGUUCAGGAAGAGAAAAUGCAGAGUUUGCACUUUUCAAGACAGCUUCUGUAAGGCUGGCAUGUUAUCUCCUUGCUUUGCUUUGUGCCGUUUUAAAAUGUGUAAUUGUUACAGCAUUCCAAUGGUCUUGUGCACAGCAGGGGACUGUAACCAAAAAUAAAACUGUACUUGUGUAAUUGGUUUGAAGAAGUCUUGAAUAGCUCCUUAGCGUCUUACUUGGGGUUGAUAAGAUUUGAGUGUUUGCAAUUUUUUACUAAAUGUAGCUUCAAAGUCGUGAAAUGGCUUGUUUGUUCCUAAACCUGUUAAUUGAUGAGACUGUAUGUAAGUUUACGAUGUAUUAACUUAUUUUUUGCUUAUUAUAUAGUGUUUUAUUGGAAAUUGUUUGUAACCACACACUUCAGCAUGAUGAAAAUAAAGAUUAGUGUUUACAUUUAAAUAAAUGUUUUAUCCUCCCGUAAAAUA